UUAUUUAUUUAACCAGGAACAGCCUCACUCACUGAGAUUAAAAAUCUCCUUUACUAGAGUGUCCUGGCCAAGACAAGCAGUAGACACAUUAAACAAAGUUUCAGACAUACAACAUAAAACUGUGACGGACAAUAAAAAAAGAAAAAGGAAAUAAAUGUAUGCAGAUAAAGAAUAGAGUGAGCUGUCAUCGCCCCCUGCUGGACCAACACAGUAAGGCAGUUCUCAGAGACCCUUCUUAACAGGAAAAUAUAUUCCAUAAAUCAGGUAUUAUAUAACAUUAUAUAACAAGUAACACUUUAAAAUAGUUUUUGUUUUUUAACAAAACAAAAAUGGAAACUGCAUGUUUUUAUACCAGAAAGCAUCUUGAGAAAAGCAGGGUUCAUACACAUUGUUGCCAAAGGAUUUCCAUGACUUUAAACCAUAUUUCUCUCGCCGUAUACAUGCUAGUGGAUUAUCCCUGAGCUAUUGUUGCUAUGGCGACCGAACUUUUCAGUUAAGGUGCGUUCACUCGCAGCGCGAAAAAAAAUAAAAUUGCCUCUUUGGUUUUAAUACAUUCAUUAUUUCAAACUGAGCGUAAAUGAACAUGUGAAUAUAACGACUUUUCAAUUACUUAAUUUGUUUUUAAAGGAUUUUUUCCAGGCCUGGAAAUAACCAUUUAAAAAUUCGUUGACUUUUCCAUGACCGUACGAAAAGGUACAGAUGCUUUUUUUGUUCCGGCGAAUCCGCCAACCGUCGCGCGAUGGCAGCACUGCGCGCGCGUCUUCCGUGGUCCACUCUACCGGAAAUGAGUAAAAACGAAACAGAAUGCUAAAACCCCGAUGCUAACCCGAUGCUAAUGCAGGAAACAAUCAUGCAGCGCUACCGCGGCGCCAGGGGACGACCGUUGAGCUCGUAGUACCAGCACCGGGGACCGACUGACACCGCUCCUCCACGCUCCUCUCCGCUCAGGGAUGCACGGCGGCGGGUCGUUUACAGCGUGAAGCGCCUCUCUCUCACGCAGAAACUGAUAAUGCUGAAAAUGAAGCUACCGAUGAGAAUGGGCGAGGAAGGAGGCGACGAGGACAACGCGUUACAUCUGUCGGAGCGCCGACAUGUUCCCAGGGCGGCACCUCCCGCUCCGGGGUCCGACGGACUGGAGGAGUCGCCCGGUGCCGGUGUGUAUUCAUCCCGGCUGGACAAGGAGACGGUGUUCGAGUGGUUCGGCCUCCAUCUGAACCCCGCGAAGCGGAUCGAGUUCAUGUGCGGGCUGCUGCAUAUGUGCCAACCGCUGGAGCUCCGCUUCUUGGGAUCCUACCUGGAAGACCUCGCGAGGAAAGACUACCACAUCUUGAGAGACUUUCAGUUCCGGGCAAAUAGUCCGAGCGACUUGGGGAUUUUAACGGACCUGGUGGACCCGGUGGUGCGGUCCAAGCUCCUGGUCUGCCUCUCCCUCCUCGGGUCCGACAGCAGGGAGUGUGCCGGGAUACUCUUUCGGAUACUGAGCCAUGUCGACCCGGCCAUGUUCUACAAGAACUACGACUGCUCCCUCCCUCCGUUCGGGGAGCCUCGGCACCACCACCACCACCACCCGUUCCGUCCGCCGUGCCGGGACGGGACCGCGUCCGGGAGGGCGGAGCAGACCUGCGGCUCCUGCGCCGACGACGAGCCGACGACGGGACCUCUGGAGCAGCUGGCGCUGCUGUUCGCCAUGGCCUCGCUCCACCCGGCUUUCCACUUCCACCAGCGGGAGAUGGUCCGCGGGCAGCUCGAUAAGAUAGAGCUCGCUAUAAAGGAGGAGAAGAGGCGCCUCGACCGACCCCGAAUAAACGGCCAGGAGCUGACGGGUCCGAAGGCGGAUUACCUGCCCUCCCCCGUGCUGGGUCUGGGGGAAUGCACCCACCCGCCCUGCCCGAGCCGGCGCUCCAGCCGCUGGGCAGCGCAACGAGAAGCGGUGCACAUCGAGGGCAUCGUGCUCAGGAGCAUCUCUCGGACCAGAGUGGACAAGGAGUAUAAUUUUCAGGUGAAGUGGUCCGACUCGUCGUCCAGCAGCGUGACCAAAACCCACUUGGAGCUGGAGAACUUCCUUCUGAAGCUUCCGAAGGACAAGUGUGCCGAGUCCUUUGAGAAGAGCAUCCUGAGGCUCCUGAACCCGGGCGGCCGCUCCGAGAGCCGGGAGCUGGAGAAGAACCUCAGGGAGAGGUUCCUGUCGGCUCCCCCCGUCUUCAGGCAGACCAGGAAGGUCUGCAGCUUCUUCACCCGGGACUCCGGUUCCCCCAGCGGCCCGAGCCGCUGCCGAUGCCACUGCCAGCUGGGUGAAGCCUACCAGGGAGACUGUUCUGACGCCUCCAGUCAGGAGGAAGAUAUGGAGUCGUACACUCAGGGACACAAGAAGAAGCUCGGGACCAAGACUCCGUGUCAGAGUGGCCGGGGCCCCCAGGGGGAGAGUCGUCGGGGGGGCCGCGCCGCAGAGCUCAACGGGCCGGCCGAGAGACGGAAGAGCUGCCCGAUGAGGAGCCCGGAGGCCCCACAGCAGCAGGACUCAGAGAAGGGAAGUCACCCGUGCUCUAAAGUGAAGAGCAGAGGUCUGACCACAGACAGGGACAAAGGGAAGAAGGGAGCGGCCUUCGUGGCCAACGGCCGGCUGGUGCUGGCGCUGUCACCCCCGAGGCAUGGUGGAGGUUCUGGUCUGGACACAUUUGGGGAAACGUCCUCCGAGAGCUGCAGCUCCCCGUCGAGCCCCCAGGACCCAGGACCCGAGAGCCUGGAGAGUGAGGACGACCACAAAGACACAGACAGCCACUCUGACGACUCCAGCCGUGGGCGGGGCGGCGCCGGCGUGUUCUUCGCAGCAGCGCCGCCUGUCCACGCACCGCCUCCCCGCAUCCACCAGGGGGAGCCAGAGACCGGCGCGGAGCCCCUCCCCCUCCUCUCGGGGCUGCGUCCUCUGCCCUACGCUCUCCCCAACGGGGCCUCUGACUCUCCGCUUCCUCUGGCCCCGCCCCCUCCCGGUCACCACGGCACCGCCCCCCCGCCCGGCGCUCUGCUGGUGCCGCUCCCUCCGGCCGUCCUGGGCCCCGGAGGGAGGAGGGACGACCUCCCGACCUUCGGGGUCGGCCUCCUCCCGACAGGAAGUCCCGCCGCGGUCCAGAGGUUCAAGACGUCCUCGUCUCACAGCCACGACGCUCCUAAUCCCGCCGCCGCCCCGCCGGCGUCCCACCACGCUCCCGUACGAGCUCCCGGCCCGACGUCCUUCUCCUCGCCUCUUCAGGACCCGACCGGCGUAAGCCCCGCCUCCUCUCUGCCUCACGGGGAGCCGGCGCACGCCAAGCCCCACGCUCCGCCCGCUGCGGCCAUGGCUCCGCCUCCUGGUCCUCCGGCCGCGCCCGCUCACGCCUGUGGGAGUGGCCCCGUUGUGGCGCUUCAGCAAACCCAGCAGCAGCAGUUGUCAACACCACCACAACAACAACAACUCCAGCAGCCGAUGGGCUGUGGCGCCUGUGGGUGUCACAACAACUGCGGCGGCAUCGGUACCGGCGGCGCUCCCAGCUGCCAGGCGCCGUUGUUCUUCUCCCACCAGAUGGCGGCGGCGGCGCGGCAGGUGUUCGGCGUGCCGCCGCCCCUCUUCCAGCUCACCAGCCUGUGCAGCAACGGCUUCCUGGCGCCGGCGCCGCCGCCCCACCAGUCCAACGGCGGCGGCGCCCUGUCCCCGUUCUUCCCGGCGCACCCGUCCCCCUACGGCGCCCUGCACGCGCACGGCCACGCCGACCUGCCGGCGCACAUGCUCGGCACGCAGGCGGCGGCGGCGGUGGCGGCCGUCGCCAACUACAACCUCCAGCAGCAGAUGGCGCCGGCGGCGGCGUUCUGCCAGCGCGUCUACCAGCACGUGUACCCCAACCCCCUCGGCAUGCUGCCGGCCGCCGCGCUGGGGGGGGGCGGAGUCAACAAGAAGAGCGGCAACGUGUCGUGCUACAACUGCGGCGUGAGCGGCCACUACCCCCAGGACUGCAACCAGCCGUCCAUCGACGCCACGGCGCCGGGCGGCGGCGGGGGGGGGGGCGCCCGCAACCGGGAGAAGCAGAGGACCCCGUAGCGGUCUCGCCCCCCCAGACCCCCGAGAGGUCUUCCUCGAGCGGUCCGAGUGUCGCCUCUCGUCCGUUCCGUUCCACUGAGAACGUGAACGUGGCGUCUAACGGCCGGAGUGCGAACGCCGUUCUCUUCCAGAGAAGAAGAAAAAAACACGGCGGGAAGCAAAUUUGCAUAACGCCAUCGGGGACCGCGGCGUGUUCUCGGGGAAGCCGAUCGGCAUCCCGUCUGAGACGCCUGAUCAAUACAUCUCACCCUCAUCGAUGCGCGCGUGGCGUUCCCCUCCUCCGCUGUGACCGUCAUGUUGUUUUGACCCUCAGGUCCCGAGCCCCUCAGUCACGGCUCUGGUUGGUUUGAAUGAGUCACGUGACCUCCAGGCUGUCCUCUGAUUGGCUCUCCCCCGUUUGUGUGUCUGGAUGCAUCCACCUGACUUGAAGGACGCAGCCGCCCACGUUUCAAAUGCACUUGACCAUGCCGACUGAAGAAGACGAAGAGAGGACGAAGAGGAGUCCCUCUACACCCCCCCCAUCCAUUCUUAAAAAGAAGACGACCCGCGAGUCUCUUUGAGUUGUUGUUGUUGUUUGUUUGCAACUGAGGGAAGAGAGUAACUUAUUAUUUAAUUAUCGGGAUUUGAGGAUUUAGUUGUUGUUUUUACCUUCAAGGCAGACGCGUGUCAGCUGACCGCUUCUCAAACACUUUCUAUUUAUUCUCCCCCUCGUCGUUCCCAGAACAUCAAAUCAGACGAAGCGACGUCGACUUAAUGGAUUUAAUGUCGCCGCUCUUUCCGUUUUUCUCUCAUUUUAAGGAGCGACUCGCGUUGCGUUCGAUGUCACUGCUGCUUUUUAUUUCUAUAUUUUCUUCGGGGCGUUCAAAUGUACUACAAUUCAAGCGGGAAACCCACGUCUGCACAGCCAAUCGGACGUGAGUAUUCUUUGAUGUCACGGACGUGUGGAAUGGAUCCGCUCGUUGUUUCCUGGCUCGCGUGUCAGUGGCGAGCGCUGCGCUCCCGAUCCGAGCCACUAGGGGGCGCUCACAUUGUUUAAAUGUAGGCCGAUGAAGAGAGAACGUAACCACGGAGACACAACGUCAUCGUCACGUGACAUGUUCAUACAGUGUUUCUGUGUUUCAUGUCGAGUUCAGAUGGAAACACGCAUCACUGAGCCUGGAGCGUCCAUGUUUGUAGUUAUUUUGAAGGUACCGUUGGACUACGUCUUGUAAACCUCGCGUCGAUAACCACUCGUCAAAAACAUACACGGUAUGAAGCCACGCCCCCGUUGGUAUGAAGCCACGCCCCGUUUGAGUAGGCAGAGACCCAAAAGUGUACAGUGUUAAAUACAGAAGAGAUUAAAUGGUUUUAAGACUCAA